AUGGCUUCCCAAGAACCCCAGAUCAAGCUCAUCGAGUUAACCGACGAAGAGCUUGCAACUCGAAAUAUCGGAUCACACAACCUGCAGAAAUGCCUGGAAGCCCUCCACCGCGACGGAAUAGUCGUCCUCAAGAACGCAGUCAACCCAUCCCAUCUAGACAAGCUCAAUGAGCGAAUGGUCGACGAAGCAAAAACACUCUAUGCACGCACAGAGACCCAUAGAAAUUUCGGCAAAGGAACAGGCAACAUUCAACAAGAGCCCGUCUGCUCACCAGACUACAUCUUCGAGGAUAUAAUCGCAAACCCCUUCGCAACAUCCGUAAUCGAAAGCAUGAUCGGCCCACACCCAACAAUGCGCUUUUACAGUGCCAACACGGCAUUCAAAGCAACAGAGAGACAGCCAGUACAUAUCGAUAUUGACUUUGACAUGCCACGCAUGCCGUUCGCCUACUGUGUCAAUGUCAAUCUCGUCGAGACCUCGCCUGAGAAUGGAGCGACGGAGGUGUGGCUGGGUAGUCAUACUGACACAGAUCAAUCUGUGCUGGAUCAAACCACUGAGAAUAAGCAGAUCAAGGCCGAUGUUUUAGAGGAGCGGAGGCGGAUCAGUCCUGGUAUUCAGCCUAGGUUGCCGAAGGGUUCAUUGAUGAUUCGGGAUUUCAGGUUGUGGCAUGCUGGGAUGCCGAAUCGGACUGAUGAUCCGAGAGUUAUGCUUGUUUCUAUUCAGUUUGCGAGCUGGUAUCGGAGUGAGCUUAAGUUUGUGUUGCCGCGGAGUUUGGAGGGGAAGGUUGAUUGGGGGCGUGUGGUGCCUGCCGUGCAGUGGGUUGAUGAUGAUUACGAUUAUUUGCAGGGGGCGCAUGAUCAUGACUUUUCUUUAUUGCCAUAG